AUGAGUUCUGCUGCUGCGAAUCCUCAAUUCUUGGACCAUUACGAAAAUCCCUACUAUCUCCACAGUUCCGAUCAUGCUGGACUGGUUCUCAUCUCCGAUCGCCUCUCUUCCGGUGCGGAGUUUCAUUCUUGGAAGCGCUCGAUUCGUAUGGCCUUGAAUGUUCGCAAUAAGCUUGGUUUCAUCGAUGGUACGAUUCCUAAACCUCCUGAUAGCCAUCGUGAUGCUGGAUCUUGGUCUCGGUGCAAUGAUAUGGUUGCGACUUGGAUUAUGAAUUCUGUUUCUAAGAAGAUAGCUCAGAGUCUUCUUUAUAUGUCUACUGCUGAAUCGAUUUGGAAGAAUUUAUUGGUACGAUUCAAGCAGGAUGAUGCUCCACGUGUGUACGAGAUUGAACAACGUUUAGGGACUAUCCAGCAAGGUUCUAUGGAUGUAACAACCUACUAUACUGAGCUCGUCACACUGUGGGAAGAGUACAAGAACUUCAUAGAUCUUCCUGUUUGUACAUGUGGCAGAUCUGAGUGUAAUGCUGCUGCUUUAUGGGAGAAAUUGCAGGAACGUAGUCGCGUGAUGAAGUUCUUGAUGGGGCUUAAUGAGUCUUAUGAUGCUAGCCGACGUCAGAUCUUGAUGAUCAAACCCAUCCCGUCUCUUGAAGAUGUUUCUAAUAUGAUCACUCAAGAUGAGAGGCAGAAGAGUAUCAAACCAGCUGUGAAGAGUGAUGCUGUGAUUUUUCAAACAAUGGGUUCUGCUUCUGAGUCUGUCUCUAUCAACACUCCGGUUCUUCCUGCUGCUCAACAUGGUUAUCGCCCUAAGCAGCGACCUUUGUGCACUUACUGUGGCCAGUAUGGUCAUAUUCUUCAGAAGUGUUUCAAGAUUCAUGGAUAUCCUCCGGGGCAUCGCUUUCAUGGUCAAGCUCCAAGAGGAUAUUCUUCCCAAUCAUUGACUCCACGAGGACAGCAAAGUCAGAGUGGCUUCCCUCGUUCUCACAGUCAGAACCAAACUCCUCAGUAUCCCCCGUCUAACACAGUUGCUAAUGUCACCAAUGCGCCAAUGAUGGGUUCUUCCAUUCCAUCAUCUCAGAGUUUGGAUGUUAAUCGUAUGAGUCAAGACCAAGUCUAG